UUCUACUAUAAUUAGUAUAUUAGGUUGCAGCACGUUUAUCGAUCUAAAAUAACUUGUGAUAAUUUUGUAUAACAUUUAAUUAGUUUGAAAGAUAACUCGUUUUUGUAGUAAACAUAAAAAUCGAUUGUUUCUUUUACCAUGAGAUACUGACAGGGCAUAAUAAAUCCUUGAUUUGUCUGUGGUAUUUUUUAGAAAGUGAUUUAAAAAUGGCAAACGAAAAAUGUUUUAUCUGGAUAAAUCUGAAAACGGGCUGCUACAUUAUUGGAUAUUUUCUAUUGGCUGUACAUUUCGUAAUCACAUCACUGGCCGUUUACUUAUCUAUGACUCUGUCUAUGAAUUUAUCUAUGGACGACCCGAAUGCAAUGAAAACGUUGGUAGACGUUUUACUACUGGGACAAUUUGCUUUUCCUAUCGGAAUUUCGAAUAUUAAAUUUACAAUCAUACUUCUAAUUGGAAUACACAAGAAUCUCCGCGUAUUUCUCCGAUUAUAUUUGAUAUUCGCGACAUUUAUGCUGGCAAUGAAUAUACUUUGCUGCUUUUUACUCGAAUUCCUGCUUCACAAGGAAAUAUCGACCAGUAUCGCCGUGCUUUUAAAUAUGGUAUAUGCCUAUUUCAUAUACGUCAUACGUAAGUAUUGGAUGCAUUUAAAUACUGCUAAUGUGAAGUUAAUAAAACAGAUUGUCUGAUUUGAAGUAAUGUAUGAAGAACCAGUAACUAUAAUGCCGAGGUAUUUUGUGAUCGAGGAGAUUUGACACUCAAGAACUUAGAGAAAACAAUAUAACAGCGAUAGAAACGAUUUAGUUGGAUUUAUGGCUAUCAAAAUAUACGAUUGACUAAUUAAAGUGAUAAAAAUUA